GGGUGCCAAAGAGAGAGAGAGCGAGAGAGAGAGAGAGAGAGAGAGAGAUUUCCAGUGGACUAGCAAAUCAACCAGGCUGAAUGCACUUUUGAAAAGGAAGUGGCUGAAGGACAGGAGACUGAGCAGAAGCCGUGAGCUCUCUGCGUCUGAAUGCUCAGCUGGGGUCUGAAGAGCACCACAUCCCCAGAACAGGAUGCAGCGGGAGGAGGUGUCCGCCCGGGAGGAGUUCAGCUACACCCACAUCCCCACCCUGGAGCGAGGGAGCGGGAGCGGCACUUUGAGCCGGCGGUUGGAGCGUGAGAGGGAGCAGGCAGAGCGAGACAGCUACACGGUGGAUGUGAGAGCCAGCGACUUGGAGCUGGAGCGGGUGGAGACCUUACACCCGUGUUUCAGCUACCGGGCUUGGCUGUACAGUGUGCUCAUUGGGUGCAGUCUCCUGAUCACAGCUGGCUUCUCACUCUACCUGGGGAAUGUUUUUCCUGUCGCCAUGGACUACCUGCGCUGUGCUGCCGGCUCGAGUGUGCCUGCAGCCGUGGCCAGCUUCUCCAUUGCCAUGCGCUGGCGCAUCGCAGUGUCUGAUUUUCAGCUGGUCUAUGUUGCUACAUUUGCCGUGACGACCACGUGUCUGGUAUGGUUCGGCUGUAAACUGGCUCUAACUCCCUCGGCCGUCAACAUCAACUUUAACUUGCUCCUGCUCAUUCUACUGGAAGUACUCAUGGCCAGCACUGUUAUCCUAUCAGCUCGCUCUGUGGAGGAUUGCUGUAGCCACACCAAGCCAGUUUAUGAUGGCGCUGCAACCGUUGCUGUGUUCCCCACGCGUCUUCUCAAGGCCUAUGCUGUCAUCGAGAUGAUCGUCGGGAUCGCUGCAGUUUUGGGAGGGAUCAUCGCUCUCCACAUGAACGCUCUGCUCCCUGGGCCCUGCCUGUCCGUCACCUUCUUCUGGAUCCUAGUGGCUUGUUUUCCCAGUGCCAUAGCCAGCCAUGUAGUGUCAGAAUAUCCCAGCAAGGCUCUGGUAGAGAUGCUGAUUGCUAUCAGUAGUGUGACCUCCCCACUGCUGUUCUCUGCCUCUGGUUUUCUGUCCAGUAGUGUGAUGAACUUUAUUGAAAUCUUCCUGCAUGAGGUGCCCACAGAGAAGCAGUCCUACGACAUCCUGCUGUUGAUCCUGAUGGUGCUACUGUUGGCUCAGGCCUGCCUCACGCUGGCCACAGUGGUGCACUGCGCCUCCUACAAGAGCCAGCUGCACCCAGGGUCACCAGAGUGGGACGAGGCCCCACAGCAGGGACCACGCCUGGGAGAGCUGCAGGGCUCCAGCAGCUCCCUGCGUGAGUUUGACAAAGACAAAGCCUGGAAAGCCGUCGUAGUCCAAAUGGCCCCGUGAGCAUCUGCGAUGACUGUGGACAGAGGAGCAGGCAAGAGUGGGAGGAUGAAGAUGACGCGCGUGUGGAGGAUGACGUGGGGAGAGGAGGGAUACAACAGGGCGGGAGAACAAACGUAGCAAAUGUAGCAACACAGUGAGAGUAGUGGACACCAGCCAGGAUGAGCAGGGCCGGGAGCCGCAGUGAGUUUGGCACAGUGCUUAGUCGCACAGAUCCUGAUGUCAUAGCCGGAGCACAUGCAUAGAAACAAGCAAGAGGGAGUUUGGCUUAAACGUGGGUGGAAUGUAGACUUAUUAGUGUAGGAAUAAAACUGAACAAGCUGAACAUUUCUGAGCCAAUCCAACGGCUUGUGAAUGAAGAGAGGAUGAGAAAUGGAAA